AUGGCACAGGCAUUCAACAGACUUGGAGGAAUCUUUCCCAAGGGCAGUGGAAAAGGUCUUGCUGGAGGCGCCGGCACCUUGAUCGCCCUUGGUGCUCUUGGAUACGGAAUUAAUGCCGCUCUUUUCAACGUUGAUGGUGGUCAUCGCGCUGUCAAGUACUCCCGUGUCUUUGGUGUUCAGAAGGAGGUUUACAAUGAAGGAACUCACUUCGUCAUUCCCUGGUUCGAGACCCCUAUCAUUUACGAUGUUCGUGCUAAGCCUAGGAAUGUUGCCUCGUUGACUGGAACUAAGGAUUUACAAAUGGUCAACAUUACAGUUCGUGUGUUAUCUAGACCUCGGGUCAACGAUUUGGCUGAAAUUUACCGCACCUUGGGACAGGAUUAUGACGAGCGUGUCUUGCCCUCUAUCAUCAAUGAGGUCUCCAAGUCUGUUGUGGCUCAGUUCAACGCCUCACAACUCAUUACCCAGCGUGAUCGCGUCUCUCGCUUGGUUCGUGAGAACUUAAUUAAACGUGCUGCUCGUUUCAACAUUGUCCUCGAUGAUGUGUCGAUCGUCCACAUGGCUUUUUCACCCGAGUUCACCCAAGCUGUCGAAGCCAAGCAGAUCGCACAGCAGGAGGCACAACGUGCUGCUUUCGUUGUCGACCGAGCAAUUCAAGAGAAGCAGUCCAUCAUUGUCAAGGCUGAGGGAGAGGCCCGCUCUGCAGAGCUUAUUGGUGAAGCCAUCAAGAACCAGCCUGGUUUUAUUCAGCUUAGGAAAAUUGAGGUCGCUAGAGAAAUUGCCUCUAUUAUUUCUCACUCUUCAAACCGUGUUAUGCUUGAUGCUGACACUCUUUUGUUAAAUGUUUCUGAGACAAAGUAA